AUGGCAUCAAUUACGCCACCCUUCACGUUCGAAACAGCAACAAGCAAAGUUAAAGCUGCCCAAAACAUGUGGAACACUCAAAAUCCCGAGGCAAUUGCCAAAGCCUAUACUGCGGAUAGCAUUUGGCGUAACCGUACCUCAUUUCUCCGAGGUACCGAUGACAUUGUGAAAUUUCUCACAGCCAAAUGGAAGAAAGAGAAAUCAUACCGUCUCCGAAAGGAACUUUUCUCGUUUACCGAUAACCGUAUCGCAGUGCAAUUCUGGUAUGAAUACCAGGAUACGGAGAAUGGGGACAAGUGGACGCGAUGCUACGGAUUGGAGGAUUGGACCUUUGAUAAGGAUGGCAAAAUGGAAAAGAGAAUGAUGUCAGGAAAUGACCUGAUCCUGGGGCCGGAUGGAGAUGGAACGGGACGAUGGUUUGUGGAGGGGGUGGAUGUUAACGAUGUUGGGAUUGGCCCAGAACAUUGGUGA